CGUUGGCUCACUUGUGUUUUCACCCGUUGCCAUCAUAACAUCAACGACGACCCUUCUCACGACCCCUCUCUUCUCUCUCUCUUUCUCUCUUACAUUACGACCUUUUCCCGCCCUUUCGCUUUGCGCGUCCGAACCAUUCUUGCGCCGCUCGCUUCCCUGCCGGCACACGCUGACUCACCCUCGACGCGUCCAACGGCUCUUUGUCGCGCGGCGCUUUGCAGUCGUUCCUGCUCCUGCUGGGAAAGCAGCCUGGGAGCGGACGACAUCCUUUUGCUUUGAGCUCGCGUAAUCACGAAGCUCUCGUCUGGUGGCUCUGUAGAUAGGGCUGCCUGAGCGAGACGCUCGUGUUUCGUGCGCUCUCCCACGUCGCAUGGUUGGUUCUAGCGUUGGACAGCCCACUCUCCUCGACUGCUGGGCAUGUCGGGAUCUCAAGCGGUUCCGCGCCGUCCUCAAGGGCGGUAACGCCGGCGCGGGUGGUGGUGGCGGUGGUGGAACAGCCAACCUAUCGUCGUCGCACCCUCGCUCGCCGGCACACCACUCUUGGGGCAGUGCAGGAAACCACCAGCACGGGCCGUGUCCCCCGUCUGAAGUCAAUCGAAGGGACCAUCUCGGCAGGACGACGUUACACUUGAUCGCAGCGAGCAAAGAGCCCGGCUCGGUAGACUACCUCACCGCCCUCCUUGCUCAUCCCAGUAUCAACGUCAAUCUGCAGGACCACGAAAGUGGCUGGACCCCGCUGCAUCGAGCUCUCUACGAUGGGAAUCUAGUCACUGCCCUGACUCUCUUGAAGCGCUCGGUGCCUGCCGACCACCGCAUCAAGGACUUUGAAGGUCUGACCCCUUUCGACCUUUAUAACUCGACGUUGCAUGGUACCAACCCUCCGCCAACUGAGGGACACGUCGGCGACCUUUUUCUUUGGGGCGCCAACCGGAACUUCACGCUCGGCGUUGGAGAUGGAGACGAUCGGGGACUGCCGGAUCGGACGCAGCUGAGGAGACGGGAGGGCGACCGUCGCGACGGCAGCGGAGAACCCGGCGCGCGGUUCGAUCGGAUCAAGGUCAAGGACAUUGGCAUGAACAAGUUUGCUUCGAUCAUCCUCACGGCAGAGCGUUCCAACAAUGUCUGGGCUUGUGGUAUUGGCGCAAAUGGGAGGAUUGGAAGGGCGCCAUCGACGCAGACGAGCUUUGAGCCCUUGCGCGACUUUCCAGAUCUGGCUACGUCGAUUGCCGUGGGGCCUGAUCACACCUGCAUCGUCACUGCGUCAGGUGAUUUAUACACGUUUGGUUACAACCGCUUCUCGCAGCUUGGGUUUGGCCUCGAGCAUGGACAGGGGCAGGUUUCGUCGACUGGAGCGUCAAAGGGCACCGCUUCAGCCACCUUUGGAGGGACUGGCGCACCUACGGCGAAUCAAGCGGACCUGGAUGUCCAGAUCACACCGCGAAAGGUCCAGGGACCUCUCAAGAAGGAGCACGUUCUCGGUGCAGCGGCCGGCAAGAUGCAUUCGGCCGCCUUUACCGCAGAGGGGCUCUACACUUGGGGCACCAAUACGGGCCAGCUCGGGUACGACCGCAAUGCCACCCCGGUCCAGGUCAAUCCUCGCAAGGUGACGGCCCUUGCCGCGACGCAGGCCAUCAAGUCGGUGGCCGUGACCGAUUACGCGACGGCGUGCCUGCUCGGCUCGGGCGAUGUCAUGCUCCUGCACAACGACUCUUCCUUCUACGUCCGUUUCCCUCAGGCUGGCUUCAGCUCCGACAUGUCCGUCUUCCGACCUCGCCAGGCGCGACCGAAGCCUUCGAUUCGCAGACUCGUCUCGGGUCCCAACAAUGCAUUCGCGGCCAUCUCCGACAUGGGUGACCUCUGGCACUUUGCCAUUGACCAUCCCUCGGAAUACGCAAAGGACGGCGUGGCUGGCUCGAAACCGACGAUCAAGCCGCAGCUGGUGUGGUCGGUGCGAAAGAACAAAAAGAUUGGCGCCGCGAGAGACGUUGCCCUGGGCGGAGGAUCUGAUCUGAUCCUCGUCACCGAAUCAGGCCACGUCUUUGUGAGAUCCAAAAAGGGCGGCGACCAAGGCUUGAAUACCUCUGCAGGUGCUGGUGCGACUGCGAUUGGAGGCGGUGUUGUUCCAUCUGCCACAGCUGUGAGCACGGGAGGAGGAAAGGGCAAGUCUGGCUGGAAGCCAGUACCGUACCUUCAGCGAGUGGUUCGCGUCGCGACAAACGAAAGCGGCGGCUGGGCCGCUCUCAAAGUCGACGCUUCCAUCCGUGAGAUCAAAGUGCGAGGAAGGUCCGUCAAUGAAGCCCUUCAGAGUCUCUUGCCCCACCUCAAGGCCCACUCGCUCAACGGCAAGGCUGGCGACGAGAUCGAAGCCAAUCGCAACAGUAUCGCAGCUGACCUUGCCGAGGCGGCGCUGGCCGUCGAGGAUGCUGCGAGGAAUGGGGAGGGCAGCGACAACGACGGAAGCAGCGUCAGCAGCAGCGGCGAGGAAGACAACGAAGGAGAACUUAGCGCGGCUCGACAUCUUCGUAUGGCCCAGCUCAUUGGCGAGGCCGCACGGCGCUGGGAGGGAUCAACAGAGGGCCAAAGAUAUGGACCCGACAACGUCAGCUUGCCUCCGUUCGGCUGCGAUAUGUUCCUCAUUGCUGGUGGGAGAUAUCUGCCUGCUCAUCGGGCCAUCUUUGCUGCGCGGAUGCCAUCCAUUGCGGCUCAGGUCGAAGAUCCACCUACAAAGGGCACAGGAGGUGCUCCUCCAGGCGUCAUCGUUCGCAGAGUUGGCUCUGCCAACGUCAUUACGGUGACGUUGCCUGGCUGCUCAUUUGCCACAGCCCUCUUUCUGCUCCACUACAUCUACACCGAUGACCUGCCUGCCGUGUGGACGGCCAGCGUUGGACUACGCAUCGAGAAGCAGUAUGCAUCGCUCAAGCUCAAUCGCAGUCAGAUUCAUGCUCAACUCAAGGAGCUGGCAAGGCUCUUGGAAUUGCCCGCUCUUGCUCCGGCCCUGGAUUCCCCAGUACCCCGACCGCCACGACCGACACUGGCAGGCGACCUUGGCCGCUUGUUCAACAAACACGUCAAUGUCGAGGUCCACUCUUCACCGCUUCACGACGUCAUUCUUCGCUUCUCUGAUCGCACCGUCCCGGCGCAUUCGGCCCUGCUGCGUCGAUCUUCCUUCUUCUCGUCCUUCUUCCAGCCGCACUGGACGUCAUUCCGAUGGAAAGAGGGUAUCAUCAACAUUGACAUGACGCACGUUAGAUGGGAGGUGGCCAAGGUCGCCUUGGCCCAUAUUUACACCGACAUCGGCGUAGAAGUGCUGGCGGGGACCGAUGUGGAUCGAUCUCAUGACCAGUACAUUGACUUCCUCGUUGAGGUCAUGGCGCUGGCCAACGAGCUGCUUUUGGAGAAGCUCAAGCUCGUCUGCAGUGCCCUCCUCCGCCGUCGCUUGCAGCCGAGCCAUGCGGCAGCCAUGAUGACCGACGCAGACUUCUACCAUGCCGUGCCGCUUAAGGAGGCUGUCAUGGACUACAUUUCGCGUACCAUGGAGACCCUUCUCGAGUCGGCCCUCCUCGAUGAUCUCGAACACCGCAUGCUCAAGGACCUGACACGCUUCAUUCGCAACCGUCAAGACGAGCGCAUGCAUCGCAAGGCCGCCGAAGAAUACCUGACCGGUCUCUUUGUCAAACAUGCAGAUUACGUUGAGGACCUCGACAUCCCGCCGCCGUCGCUGGGGCUCGUCGCUUUCAAGGUGCCCAAGCGGCAGCCCUACUCCCCUGGCUCGGGUCCCGUUGAUGCUUCCUUUUCAGCUGCAAGUCGGCGCGGAAGGAACGGGUCGUCUUCGACGCCCAUCACAAGUCCAGAUCUCAAGCCAAUCGCGCUCACCGGCUCGACACCGUCUGCGCAUGACAGCAGCUUGAUGUUCUCCAUGGAUGACGAUGUCGAUGCCGGCGGAGCAUCGCCUUCCUUGGGUCCAACCGCUCGUGCGAACGGCCGAUCUUCCAGCGGCUUCUCUCUUCCACCUGCGGCCACGACUUCCAAGACACCUCCCUCGUCUGGGCCCGGAGGGGCCCCAUGGAGAUCCAAGACUGUCGAGAAGGAGAAGCAGACCGGGACUGGGUCACCGCUGAUGGACUUGCGAUCCAUCAUGGCUGCGGAACAAUCGCGCAGACCGUCGGGGAUGGGAUCAUCGUCCAUGUCAAACUCGCUCGGGGCGACGGGUCCGGGUAGUGCUUCCGCUGGUGGCUCACAUGCAGGCAGUGGCACAGUCACGCCAGUCAAGGGUGUUUCUGCCGCAGUGCCACAACAGCAGCAACAGGGAUUCCUACCUGUGCAGAUGGCAACGAAGCUCUCGCAAAAGGACCGAAAGAGGCAGCAGCAGCAGCAACAACAACAACAGCAACAGCAAUCCUCUUUUGGAACCUCUGUUUCUGAAGCGCCAUCUCCAGCUUGGGCCUCUUCCGGCGCUGCUCAGGGCCAAAGUGGGGGCACGACGGCCUCUCCUUGGAAGCUGCCGGAGUCAAGAAUGUCGUCUACGCCUCCGCACCACGGGACGCCGCCUCUCCGACCGGUAGCGACGCCGCUGCAGCAGGAUACCCCGGUGUCCUCCUCGUCUUCAUCCAGGAUGAUGGGCCCGACUUACACGCCGACACGUGUGCCCAGCGGCGUACCGUCAUCGUCCUCGUCAUCCUUCUCGAGACCGUCAGCCUUGAAGCGGAGCAUGGGCUCAGAUCUGGGAGGAUCAGCCGCCGCCAUUGGCUCGGGUAGCAGCCCUUGGUCAACACCGGCCGCUACGUCUGUUGGACUCCCUGCGCCUUCCACGUUGAGGCUCGGAGAGAAGUUGCAGGACCUCUCGCUCGGCAAUGCUUCUUUCCCGCCACGGCCCUCUCCGCCCGGUUCUCACCCCAGUACUGGAGGAGCCGGAGCCGGAGGCAGCGGCAAGAAGAGUUUCGCCGAGAUCCAAGCCGAGGAGGAGAAAUCGAUGCUGCACGCUGCACAGUGGCAGAGCUCGCAACGAGUCAAAAGCUUUGCACAGCUCCAGGAGGAGGACCGGUUGGAAGGAGAGAGGCGCAAGAGGGAAGAGAGGGAGAGGGAGGAGUUUGAAAGGUGGUUUGAAGAGGAGAGCAUUAAGGUCAGGUCCGAGCAGGGCGCGGCUGGAGCUGGAGGACAGCGAGGAAGGGGAGGAGGGGCAAGCAGGGGAAGAGGAAGGGGCGGUGGAAAGGGCAAGAAGGACAAGGAGAAGGAGCCAGGGCCUUCUUCGUCUGCACCUGCUAGUAGGGGUGGUGGCAGCGGCAGCGGCAGUGGCAGCGGCGGACGCGGUCGCGGUGGUGCAAGAGGCGGCUCCUCGAGUGGCUCUAGAGGAGGGCGCGGUGGGCGUGGGGGAGCAGCACCAACGGGGGGAGGGCCUCCGGCUGCUGGUGCCCACCAGAACCCGACUGCGCCCGUCUUUACACCCUCAGGUGCUGCCUAGCUGUUUCGUCUUCGAAUCUCGUCGGGAGUCAUUGUUAUACUUAUAGAGCUUUUCGUUAUGCUUGUCUUUGUAGCAGCUAGAAUCGGGACUGGUUUAUCUUUGAAAUGGCCAAGUGCUU